ACAGCGCAACCCCCUCAGUUCGCUCAUCGUCGCGUUACGGGACGUUCGAUCGCCGAAAGCCUUCUUACACUCGCUUUGUUGUUGCCCGUAUUCGGAUGCGUUAUUUGAUUAACGAAAUUUGAACGUCGGUGUGUGAUAAAACUAUGCUGCAUCAGUGACAUCCGUGAUUUUAAUAAAUCACUCUAAUUUGUCACGGUAUCGUUAAAUGUACCGACACGAUCUUUUUAUAAUCCACCAAACGGAGAAUCUGUAGGAUCCAACGUAAUUGUUCUUGACACAAUGUUCAACGCGAUUUUUGUCCCAUCGCUUCGAUCUUUCACCAGUGGUCCCUAAACAUUUCGGUAUAUAAAAAAAUACGGAAAUAGCGGAUGGAAGUGUGUUUUCGAGUUUAAAAUAUUCGUAAAUAUUGAAAAGGAAUUAGCGCAAAUACUUGUUGAAUUGUAUAUUUGUGUUUACUGUGAGUUUAUGACGCACAAACUUAUCAAGAGGAUGAAGGGAAUCGAAUGCGAAAAACAGUCUCACUGGUAAUGUUCGAACAACUUUGUUUUUAAGCAGUUAAACGAGUGGAAGAGAGGAAAUCGACGAACUUGUGAAAAGGAAGAACAGCAAAGAGGAUAAAGCAUUGCCAGAGGAGAAUCGCUUCGAUAACGUUCUCCAACGGCAUGGACAUACUGUAAAUUUAUCCGUUGAGGCGUGGAAGCAAAGUGGGUGGAUUCGAAGCAGCCGCAGGACAAGAUGAUACGCGAUUAUUUGAUACUACUUUCGUGGUUGUGCGCGGUUCACGGUCGUAUAGGUUAUUUCUGGCAUAUUACUGACAUCCAUUACGACCCUCGGUACUCUGCGCAAAGAAAUGCCAACAACAUGUGUUGGAACGCGAGAAGUAAUGUGGAGAGCGGACGCCCGAGGCAGGACAGAAGAACCCCCGGCAUUUUCGGUGACUACAACUGCGAUUCACCGUGGGCGUUGAUCGAAUCAGCGGCAAAAGCUAUGAAAUCAAAACACAGCGAGGGAAUCGAAUUCGUGCUUUGGACUGGCGACGCCUUGUCUCAUAGCGAUAAAAUGAGCAAAGAAUUGCGGCUCCAGUGUUUGAAGAAUCUGACGGAUCUGCUGUCACGUACCUUCUCCGAGCAAUUCGUGUUCCCAGCCUUAGGACAUGAGGAUGUUGGUCUUAGCUUGAAGGAAAUAGCAACUCUCUGGAAGCAUUGGUUACCCACGGACGCUCUCCAGACGUUUGAAAAAACUGGUUUCUACACGAUCGAGCAGACAACCGAAAAUUACAGGAUCAUAUUUCUCAACACGAAUCUGUGGCUCGAGACCGAGACAGGAAUGGACAAUCGUGUUAACGACCAGCGAUCGGGCAGUGGUGUAAGUGUCGGUAACGACAACUCUGACGAUCCACACGGUCAAUGGACUUGGUUUGAUUCGACGCUGCGUACCGCUCGCAAGAAAAAAGAGGCGGUUUACGUAGUAGGGCAUACGCCACCGGGAGUCGAGGAACGCGAUGGCGGAGCGAGAGUAAUGAGCGAUCGGCACAACCUCCAUUAUCUGCAACUGGUGAAACAAUACUCGGACAUAAUUGCAGGACAGUUUUUCGGGCACUGGCACUCGGAUACGUUUCGCACGAUCUACAGCGACGGUGGUGUGCCGGUAUCUUGGAUAAUGAUGACACCGAGCGUCACGCCGGGACGAGCCAAUGGACCGAACAAUCCAGGACUUCGACUUUAUAAGUUCGAAACGAGUACGGGAAAGAUUCUCGAUUACACGCAAUUUUACCUCGAUCUCCCAAAAGCUAAUAUCGACGGUAAUGCAAAUUGGGCAACCGAAUACUCCCUUCUCGAGUAUUAUCAUCUUGAGGAGAUAACGCCCCACAGUCUCCACGAUCUUGCGGAUCGAUUCACCCAGACCGACGACAGCGCUUUUGUAAGAUAUUACGCCGCGAACGCUGUAUCAUUGCCCCGGGAAGUAGAAGAAAUUUGGGGCUGCGGGGCGCUGAACAGUGCCUGCGUAUUGCGUCACUAUUGCGCGGUAACACGAGUAAAUCCGAGCUCUUACAACACCUGCCUCGCGUCGUAUGCCUACGCUCUCGCGACCGCGUGCUCACCUACUGUACACUUUUACCUCGCGCCUUACCUCCUCCUCGCCCUCCUAUCUCUGUUUCGCAGUCGAUAGACGCCAAAUACGAAAUCCUGAUGAACUACCUACCUCCGAAUCCCUCGCAAACGCAUUCCACUUCCCACCGAAUAAGAUCUAGGCUAAAUCUCAAUUCUGCUAACCUAACGUGAGUUUAAACAAAUUCAAAUGUCGUUUUCUUGUCAAUAAAAUUUCGUCCGAAGCAACAAAGUGGUUACGUGACAGAAAUUCAUAAGUGUAAUACUCAAGAGACAUUAAUCGACGAGUGUUUAAGUUUUAAUGAUAAUUUCGUACACGUGAUAUGAAGAUAGAGCAACGAGUAAUUUAAUUAAAUAAAUAUUGUGAUGAGAGAAAGAGAAAUGGGAAUGAGUGAGAACGCGAGAAAUAGAGAAAGUACGCUUCUGUGUAAACUUUCGUGCAAACGGGGCAUAUUUAUCUUCGAUUACUUUUAUGAUCCAACGCGUGUUGUUUUUGUUAUUGUUGUUUUGUAAACAUCAUUCGUGACGUAACGGGUUCUCUCUAUUUUCGAGCGAGUGAACUUGGUCGUCGUUAUUUAUACGUUUUACAAAAAGUCCAUGCAAAUAGCCAGUAACCGAAUGAAAUUACAAGUUCAUCGCGACGUGAAAGCGUGGGUUGGCUGAUGCAAACACGCCGGAUUAUGGGAGUGAUCAAAGAUCCCCGUUCCUGUAGCACGAGUUAAACUUCACCAAUCGUUACUUGAUUUAUUCGUUUGACGAUCGGUGUGGGUUGUUCAGGGUAUUUAGGUACUGCUCCGUUUGCAAGCGUUCCAAAAAUAAUGUUGCCCGAAAUAUUGAUUUGUGAAAAGGGGAAGCCGUCAUCAUGUCCUAAUUUCCUUCGCGCUGUUUGAAAAACGUUUUUCGGGCUGAUCGAAUUUAGCAAGCGUACAUCCGUGAUACAUCCUGAGCAUGACUCAACAGAGCAAGCUCAAUAAUGUAUCGUCUCCAACGCGAUUCCCUGGGUAAAUAUUUAUUUCACAUUUCCCUCACUAUUCAUUGUGAUCGGUCGAAGUAUACAUUUGCUUUUCUUGCCAAUUUUCUAUAUCAAUCCACUAACACUUGUUUGCACAGAUAAAAAACAAACUUUUUAUAGAACAAUGCACAGCGCGUUCACUCACGCGUCACAUGCAAUACUACCCCGGUGUCCGUGUCGAUGAAAAAAAAAAAACAAAAAAAAAACAAAAAAAAAAAACCACGAUUGGUGAAAAAGAAUUUACGAAAAGGUGUGAGCUUUUGAUGAAUCUCAUAUUUCCCGCUCUACGAUGGACCCGUUAAUAUUCAAACUGACCGUACACUGCACAACUUUUGUAGCGCAUAGGUAUUUGCCUAACCGAAGAGAAAAUAAAAAUCGUAUGAAUUACCAAGCGGAAUGAAACAAGUGAGAGGCUAAAAACUGAAAUUUUAACGUGCUGUGUACAUAGUAUAGAAUAUCAUGUGUAAACCCGAAAACUCGUAUGUCACGUAAAGUUCGACAAAUAAUUAAUAGAUGGGGCAUUCGGCAUGAGCUAUGUAAAUUCCUCGAUUUUUGACUUUAUUGCUCGGUUUUAAUUUUUAUGUUUUUUCAAACCUGAGGCUACAAACUGAAUUUUCGACGUGUUGUGUACAUAGUAUAGAAGGCUCCACGUCUAAAUAACUUGUCAAAGAAAACUUAAAAAAAAAACUUUUGCGUAAAUAACUUUCGUAGUAAUAACUUUUGUAAUAAUAACUCCCGUGAUAAUAACUUCUACAAUUAUAAUUUUAUUUUCCACAAUAUUCGCUACAUCGUAUUACUCGAAUCUUUGAACAAUAACUUUUAGACGAUACGAGGAUUAUUAUCAUCGUCCGAAAGCUAUUGUUCAGAGAUUCAAAGGACAAAUCAUUGGGUGGGCUUGGAGUACAAUUGAUGUGUGUGCGAAUUCGUUGGGUGGGUUGGGAGCACCUUCGAUGUGUGUGUGUGUGUGUGCGGAAAUAGUGUUUGGAAAAUAAAAUCAUUAUUGCAGAAGUUAUUUUUCGGGGUUUAUUAUUACAAAAGUUAUUUUUUUAAGUUAUUUUUGACAAGUUAUUUAGACGUGUCACGGUAUAGAAUAUCAUGUGUAACCCCGAGAACUCCCAUGUCAUACGUAAAAUUUCGGCAAGUAUUUAAUAGAUGGGGCAUUCGGCAUAAACUAGUUAGAUCUCUCGAUAUUUCGACUGCAUUGUCUAUUUAAGUUGAAACUUUUGCAAAUAAACGGGCGUGUACAAGACACUAGAUGAAUAACUGCAUCACCAAAUAUGGAUAUGAUGUUCGAAUACCGGAGUGUUUAGCUGCUGAGAAAUGUUCUCCAUCGUUUUUGUCGACGAUAGUGCUGGCAGCGGGGAAAUAAGAUGUAAGCCUAUAAAAAGUAAUUGGCAUUAGAACGAGAAGAAAUCGCAUUUACCAGGAGAAUUUGUAUGAUAAAAUAUUUUUUAUAUCUUGUAAGCAGAUGAUUGAGCCGGCGUAUAUUAUUAAAUUUGAAUUUUUCGAUUAGCAUAACGCCAAGAGGCAUUAUGAAAAAAAUAAGUCGAAGGAAAAUAUAAUUACUAAGCAGACCUCGAGGCUGUGUAAGUUCAAUUGGAAUGCCCCAUAUGCAGUAUAAAAGAAAACUCUUCAUAUCCCAUAUAUGUAUAAACGAACGUGUAUGUACAUCGAAGAAAACAUUCAUUUACGGUCAUUCGUGUAUAAUAAAAAAUAUCGACCUAUUUAUCACUAGCAUAUACUUUGUGUACCUAUGGAUGCUCUAUAUGACAUUGGCGUUAAUUAUAUACAUGUUAUUAAUGUAAUUCUUAGCUAGAAACAAAUGCGUCAAGUGUGAGUGCGCUUAAAACCUUUUCUCAGUGUUUUUUCUUUUUGGUUCCCAAAACGAGAAAGGGGUGAGAGCGUUUUUCUUUAUUGCGACAUCAAAUUCAAAUCCUGCCACGCAAAUGAUGGUGGAAAUGCGUCAUUUUCUCAGUAAACUUUGUCAAACAACUGUAAUUUUAUCUCGGAUAUACACGUACGUAUAUACGCAUAUUUAAUAUUUAUUAUAUAUUAUAUAGUUUAUGUAUAUGGGAUGUGUGUACACGAUGAAAAGCCAAUUCAUAAUUCUUCAUUCAGCGAAGUGUUUCAUAACUGAAUUAAUAAAUAAUAAAAUAUCAAAUGACCUUGUAAA